AUGAAUACCCGAGAUGAAGUAGGCGAAUUCACUCAAAUCUUCAUCGCUUUAAUGGGUCUAAUGAGGAGAUUCAUAUUCAGAAUUCUAUGCGUCGGUCCAAUCCCAAAUCACAUCUCAUUCAUCAUGGAUGGGAACCGCAGAUUCGCUAAGAAACACAAACUUAAAGGCCUAGACGCAGGACACAGAGCCGGUUUCGUAUCCGUGACAUAUAUCCUGCAGUACUGCAAAGAGAUUGGUGUACCGUACGUAACAAUCUACGCGUUUGCUGUCGAUAAUUUCAGGAGAGAAGCUCAAGAGGUCAAGUGUAUGAUGGAUCUGAUGCUGGAGAAAGUUGAGCUCUCGAUUGAUCAAGCUAACUCCGGGUAUCUAAAAGGCGUGAGAGUUAUCUUCGCCGGUGAUAUGAAUUCCAUAAACGAGCCUCUUAGGGUCGCGGCGCAGAGACUGAUGGAAGUCACCAAGGACAAUAGAGGUCUGACGGUUGUGGUUUGCGUUGCUUACAGCACAAGUCACGAGAUUGUUCACGCUGUUCGAGAAUCUUGUUUGAGAAAGUGUGAUAAUGGAGAUGGUCCUCUAGUUUUGGAGGUGAGUGAUGUUGAAGAGUGUAUGUAUACAACGAUUGCUCCGGAUCCGGAUCUUCUAAUAAGAACCGGAGGACGAAAUCGGCUGAGUAACUUCAUGACGUGGCAGACUUCAGGGUCCCUCCUUCAUACCACGGCGGCUCUUUGGCCGGAGUUAGGGCUCUGGCAUAUGGUUUGGGCUAUUCUUAAAUUCCAGAGGAUGCAAAAUUACUUGCAGAAGAAGCAGAAGCUCGACUAA